AUGGCGAAUAUAAUGGUAAUCGAACAGGAGAAGUUGCUGCAUUACAUGGAGGUAGCUGUUUCAUUCACUGAUGGCGAUGAGGUUGUCAAAGCGAAGGCGCAUCUAUGUAAAUCGCGUCGAUGGUAUCACACGCUGAUUCAUUUCUUUGUUUUCAUCCUUGGUGACUAA